AAAGAUCGACUCCUCCAAGAGAAAGACAAACUGCUUCAAGAGAAAGAUCAACUCCUCCAAGAGAAAGACAAACUGGGUCAAGAGAAAGAUCGACUCCUCCAAGAGAAGGACAAACUUGGUCAAGAGAAAGAUCGACUCCUCCAAGAGAAGGACAAAAUGAAUCAGGAGAAAGGUCGACUCCUCCAAGAGAACGAUCGACUCUUCCAAGAGAAUGACAAGCUGAAUCAGGAGAAAGGUCAACUGACCCAGAACAUGAAAAUGCUAGAGGACAGGCUAAAUGGGACGAUCAGCAAACUAGAAAAACGAAUACAGGAACUUCAGACAAAAGGAACUGAUAGGCCAAACACCAAAUGCUGUCCCCCGAGAUGGCAGACAUACAGGUCCUCCUGUUACCAGCUUUCCUCUACGACAAACACCUGGUAUUAUGCCUACAGGGACUGCCAGUCGAAAGGAGCUCAUUUGGUGACUGACAAUAAUGCAUUGAAAAAGAGAUUUGUCCAUGCUUUUGGAUAUAGACACGAAAUGUGGGUGGACACACCGACAACAAGAUUUCAUGAUUGUUAUUGUCCAUCUGUCGACGCGUCACACACUUCCUUGGUCCUGCAUGACUGUUACGAGCAUAAGUAUUGGAUGUGUAAGAAGAACUGAUACACCGGCUCUAACCGUCAAACAACAAACACUUCAGCAAUCAGUUUCUCUCCUCUAUCACACAAAUAGACAAAUCUAUUCUUUUAUUUGUUAUAAUUGUCUCAUCAUAAGUCUCGACCCUUUUUGCUCUGUGCUCCAGUAACAGUCGAGCAAACCUUGAUCAGCUUUCUCCUUUCCUGUACUUAUAUAUAUACUAUUUAUACACUUAAAGUUAAUGUUAGAAAAACAUUAUUUAACUACCUUACUAAUGUGACUUUUAUUUUUUAACCAUCUUCAACAUUGAGCAUGUAGCAUAUCUGAGUACAGAAAAGAAGAAAGUUGACCAAGGCUUUCCCCAUUGUUAUUGAAGCACCGAGGACUUUCCAGACUUAAGACUGGAAUCAUUGAUUUUAUAUCGUAAUGACUUGUUUAUUUUAAUGCGCCUGUACAAUUUCAUGAU